UUGAGAUGUGAUUGGUUUAUAAAUGACAUGGUAUUAAGUGUGGUGUAGAGAAGAGUAUUAAAUGUGCAAGUGAACUUCUGAAUAAGGAACAAAAGGGCAUGAUUUGAAGUCGUGUUAAGAAGUGAGAUGCUGUGGUGACAAGACUUUUGAAGUGAAUGAGUAAUGAGUUUCUGGGAAGGGAGCAUCAGUAUGACAUGAUGCUAACGUGUAUGAAGUAAAGCAUGGUGCAGUAGUGAUAAGGUAGACAGGCAUGUGUGUGCAAGUUCAUUAUUAAUUCCAUGCGCCACUCUCUUUAAGGUAUAAAGCGACUGAGGAGAGAACAGAGUUAUGACGUGAUCCAAAAAUUUAGGAAAAUCAAAUGAGCGAUAAGACAUGAGAGAGAAUGAUAAUCUAUAACAGGAAGAACAUCAAUAAUAUUAUCACCUCACCCAAACAUUCAGUGAGGUUUAGUGCGAACCAUGUGAAAGACAAAGAUGUGAUAUGAUAGCACAACAAAGAUGCGCGUAUAAGAGAGAUAAUGUAAUCUCUCAAAAAUGCUAGAAUAAUGAUUAAAAGUUUCCAGGAAGAGAAGGAACAAGACAAGAACAUGAAGUGAGACCAUCAAGAUAACUGCUUUAUCUGUUUUUACUUUGCUGAUAUCUACAUUAUAUCACGCUCACUCCUAAUCAACAUUACCUUCCGAGCAAGCAACAGGCACAUACACAUACGCACUUCUGCUAAUUAACCCAGCUUUAACUGAGCGACAGACAGAAGUCCUUAUACAUCUUCACGGACGCAAACUUUCCCACAUCAGCAUAUAACCCAAUGGACACCAUGGAGUGGCUCUGGAUACCUGCUGUGGCAUUGGUGGCGGUGUUCAUCUUCGCACUAUGUUGGCUGUUUUUCAAGGACUACACAUGUUGUCCUUGUAGGAACACAAGGCUACAGUCUAAUGAUGUUGAGAGUGGUGGGUCACGAAGUGGGUCGCGAAGUGUGUCAUCCUUCACUGCCAUUGACAUCAGUGCACCUUGCUCCUUGCCAUUACCUCGGACAUACCCCACCCCAUCCACCUACUCCGUUGAAUCCUGUAGUGGCAGAUCGAUACCCACCAGGGUGGGUUUCCACAAACCCCAAUUAAGGUCCUUAGUGCUACCCCCUGAACCCCCACCACAGCCUCCGAAACGCCUGAUCCCACAGCUCACCACCCUCAUUGAUUAUGACUUUGGGGAUGAUGUCGAUACAAGUGACAUUGUGCGAAUGCAACUGGGCGCUCCAACCAUCGACUUGCACCAGCUGACGGUGAAGGAGGCCAUGCAUGUCACUAAAACCUUCCUGAAGCAGUCGCGCGGUAAAUACAGGAAGCUACGGAUCAUUACUGGAAGGGGCCUGCACAGUGCCAAUGGAGUACCAAAGAUAAAGCCAGCAGUGGAGUCCUUACUGAAUGAAUGGAAUUACUCAUUCAAGGAGACAGCCAAGGGAGGAUGUCUGGAGGUGGCUCUGUAAAUAUCUGAGUCUGUGUUACUUCUAUGCUUGGUAAGGUUAGGCAGUCAAGUUACCUAUUACUACCAGUCUCUGUGAGACUGUCUGUUUAGUAACUCUGUUGGUGGGAAUGAGGAAUGUUUUAAAGUCUGUGUGCAAGGAAGGGUUGCUCUGUGGCAA